AUGUUUUGUACGUCACAACGGACGAGGAGGAGGAGGACACAUCAGAGCCCGUUUAAAGUGCCAGACAGUAACAGCAUUUUUCUACUGAGUGUAAACGAAAGAGAGGACCAAAAAGAGGAGAGACGUAAAUUUCUGGCUCUGCCAAUUGAUGAGAAGACGACCCACGCUGCGAGAAUGAUGGCCAAGCUGAAGAAUGAGCUGGUGGGAGAAGUGGAGGAGGACGAGGAGGAGGAGGAAAAUGAGCAGAUGAAGGAUCUAAAACAAAUCAGGAGUAAGACAGUUCUCCCUAAACAAACAUCAGGCCGACAUGAGCUGAGGAUGAAACGAGAAAACAUUGCAAAAGACAGCAAAUAUGACUUAAUCUCAAUGGAACGACAGAAGGCCGUGUUGGAGUUAUCUCUGAUGACUAAGAGGUCUGAGAUCUUGAAGAUGGACAAGGCCAUCGCAAAAGAGGAGCGACAGCUGAAGCAGCUUGAAAAGAUGAUUGAGCGAGACAACCUCAACUUCGAAGGGUUCCUCAGGGAGAACGAGAAGAAGUCUGUGGAGGCCAGAACCGUUUUUGAGCGGGAGGCCAAGUUAAAACAGGAGAGAAAUACUGAAAUCAAGAAGAUAACUGCUGAAAUAGGGACAAUUAAAAGUGAAAUUGCCAAGUUUGAAGAAAUCCUGAUAGAUUACAAACAGUACAAGGAGCUUCUAUACAAGCUGUCUCCUCCAGAGUGGCAGGAGGCCCAGAAGACCAAGAAAGCUAAAGUCCUGUCUGGCAAAGACGCACAGCCCGACCAGAACCGGGAGCCUGGAGAGACGGCUAAUGAAAACGGUUUGGAGAGCAAAGUGUCCAGUCCUGGUCGAGAGCUGCCCUCCAUCAGAGAGACCAGACCGACCUCAGGCCACAGCGACACCCAAGCCACAAACUGUAAAGUGGACAGCGACGGCUCAGACUAUGAGGAUGAGCCAGAGCUGUACUUCACUGAUCCCCAGCAGCUACUGGAUCUGAUGACAGAGCUGACAGAGCAGAACCUGUCCCUGAUUCAGAACUCUGCACGGGUGGAGGAGAAACUGGAGGAGCUGGAGCAGUCCAUGGAGACAACCAGGAAGAAAAUUGAAAAGGAUGAAAAGCAGAUAGCGCUGCAGAUAAAUGACAUCAACCAGAGAAUCGACAAAGAGAAGGCGAGAGGCGCCAAACUCGAACAGAAGGUUCAACUCCAUGUGUCACUGAGCACAGAAGACCAAGACAUGAUGUUGGCCGCUCUCGGUGAGAAGGUGGCGGAGGUGCAUCGCAGCUGCGUGGAUGACAGGAUGACCAACCUCAGCACUUUGGAGAAACUGGCCAGCAUCGAGCACCACAUUUCUUUCCUGCUGCAGGACCUUGAGAGCAUCCCUGAAGAAAAACUGGAGCUGAUGAAGAAGAUCAAGGACAGCGAGAGGAGGAGCAGGCAGCGUGAAGAAAAGCUGAGAGAGCAGCAAGAGAAACAAAAAGAGAGGAUGAGGAGGUAUUUGGAAAGAUCCCUGGCUGACUCCAAGAAAAUAAGUGGGAGGAAGCUCAUGCCCAGAUGCAUGCCGGUUGCCCAGAAAGUCAAAGUGAGCAACGUGGAUAACGUCCCUGCUGAGGACGAGCUGCAUGAAUACCUGUUUGGAGAAGAAGACACAGAGUAAAUAAAAGGAGACGAGAGGGAAGCCCUUUCUCUUUGGUUGGCACCCUCAAGGUUCUACUGGAGUUUGCUGCUGAUCACAUAGACGGA